CCGCAGAUCUCGGGGGUUUAUCCUUAUCAAUCGAGCCUCGGGCCAUUGACAUCAUCCCACCACUGAGCCACACAGCCCACUUGCUAGCCACUAAUACAAGGACGAACCAAAGAAAUAAGAAACUAAAUAAUAGGCUCCUGGGGUUGAUAAAAAAGUGUAGCUUGCCCAUCUGCUUUCUUUUGACAACUCCAUUAUCCCCAAACCCCCCUCGCCGAACACACAAAAUGACAGACAACAACCAAGGCUGCAAGAUCACGCUUUACUGGCUCGAGCAAUCUCGGAGUCACCGCAUCCUCUGGCUACUGGAAGAGCUUCAGUUGAAAUAUGAGCUGAAGACCUUCAAGCGUCGCGCCGACAAGUUGGCCCCCGCCGAGCUUAAGAAGGUGCACCAACUGGGCAAGUCCCCCGUCAUUACAAUCGAGGCCCCCGGAUCCGACAAACCCCUGGUACUGGCCGAGUCUGGCGCGAUCGUGGAAUAUCUGUGCGAUCACUUUGGCAGCGCGCGACCGACGCUAGUCCCGGAGCGCUACCAGGCAGGCCGCGAGGGCCAAGUCGGUGGAGAGCGCGAGGAGUGGCUGCGGUAUCGCUACUUCAUGCACUACGUGGAAGGCAGCCUGAUGCCUUUCUUGGUGAUGACUCUGGUCAACGAUACCAUCCGCAACUCGCCUCCCUUCUUCGUUCGCCCAAUUACCGGACUGGUGGCUUCGCAGGUCGAGUCGGCUUUCUUGACUCGCAACAUCGAGGGUAACCUCGCUUUCCUGGAGCAGCAGCUGCAGACAGCCCCCGAGGGCGGUCUGUAUCUUUGCGGAAAGGAGCUGACUGCCGCAGAUAUCUUGAUAAGUUUCCCGAUUAUCGCAGCGAGUGGCCGAGUUCUGAAGGACCAGAAGCAGAAGGACAAGUAUCCCUUGCUGGUGGCAUAUGCUAAGCGGUUGGAGGGAGCUGACGGUUACAAGAAGGCCGUUGCGAAGAUUGAGCAGAUCGAAGGACACUUCUCGGCUUCUAUGUAAUAUUUGGGAUGAUUUCGCAAUGAUUGUAUUUGAUGAACGCGUUAGCUAUAAUUUGACA